UCACUGGUAUUUUUGUAAACCAGUAUGUCAAGGCCGAUUCUUAUAAUUAUAAUUGCAGACAAAGGAAACAUGCCCGCAUUAAUUGGAAUCCUACUUGAUGUCUCCGGAUCCAUGGAGCGUAACAUUGGAAGUGGUAUUGAUGAAGACGGAGAACCGUGGGCUCGUUCGAUCUUUGAGGUCAUUGACAACCUUAUCAAAUACGAUGUUUCCGCUGACAACCACGUUUUUGCUGUUGGCUUCGGGGCUAACGAAGGUGAGCAAAUAUUCGACAUCCUGGGAACCCUUCAACGUAUUCACCUUCAUAACCGAGCUUUCGAUAGAAAUGACAAGCCCGUCACACGCGGCCACUUAAAUGAAAUUUUUAAAGUACUGGAGAAGGCCGGUGCCCGUUACAUCCGCAAAUGGGCAGACGUGGAAGUCGCCAGAAAAGUAGUACCGGAUUACACAGCUGAUUUGUUACUAAGAAAAUGUCAGUCUGACCAGUCAUUUGCACGUAAAUUCGUCAUGGAGUUUCUACCACCAGCUUGCCGUGAUUGGCAUACAGAGGAUAAUCCACUUCUAGGCCUCGUAGAAACAGUGGCUACCUCUGUCGUGACGACGUUUAAAAGAGCUACAACAGAAGACGUCAAAGAUGUAAUUGACAAGGCUGCACCACAUUUGAUGAAGAGAAGUGUAGGAGAAGAUUCCAUUUUCAAUGUGCGCAAAGCCUCAGAUAUUUUACAUGGAUGUUUCGAUGAAGAGGAACUCUCAAAGGAAAGGAGUCGAGAAUUAUUACGAAGAAUCGAGCCCUACAUCUACGGUGGAACGCCUUUGUAUGAGUCAAUUGAAAGGGCCACAAACCUUAUGAGAACCAGUGAGGUUUCAAGUCAUGAAAAGGUCCUAUUUGUCCUAUCAGACGGAAAGCCUGGAGACGGAGCUAUUGAUGAUCACUGGAGAAAAUCAGAAGCCGUCUCAGGAUUUAAGAAUGCCGAGGUGAACGUAGUGAGCUGCUUUGUCACUGACUCCACAACGAUUGAGCCCAGACGACUGUACAGUGAGAUGAAACCUGACUGGCAUGAGGGUGCACAGUUCCUGUUCUCACUGAGCUCAAUAUUAACCACGCAGUCGAUACCACGCACCAUGUUUGUUAAACGUGAUUGGUCCAUUGAGGUUAAAAACAAUGAAACACGUUUGUUCCUGCAGGUCAAUCAUCCCGACCACCUGCGAGACGCUUGCGACCUGGCUCGAGAUGUCGUCUGUUCUCAGGAGGCGUUAUCCGAUUUGCUUGCAGACGUUGACCUCGAUGUGUACAUAAACCAGUCAGUAAGAGAUUAUGAAGCACAAGCAAAGCAAGAAGGACAGACCUGCUUUGCACAUGCAUCAGCUACAGUGCUUCAUUUGACUAUGAAGCGAAUUCAUGGCCGCCAGGGCAAAAUCCCAGAUUUCGAAGAAUUGAAAAAUGAAAUGAUCGGCCAUUUUGGAAAAGAAGCUGCCGUUAUCAAAACAGUGCUCGAAAAAAUGUGCAACAAGUACCGUUUGCGUUACAAGCAAGUUGACCUCAAGGGUGCCAUGGAAGCAGUCGCUUCAAGCCGACCGGUGGUUGCAACAUUUGGGCUUACCCUCAAUGAGUGGGGUAGGUUUUAUGAGUUCUUCGAAACUGACGGAAAAGGUAUUUUGACAAAAAGGGUGAUCGAUAUAACAGCCCGUCCUGAAAAUCCCAAAGGGUUUGGCCAUGCAGUGGUUUUAACCAGUUUCAACAGUGAAUAUUUGCGACUGUUGAAUUCCAAGGGAUCCGACUGGGCAGACAACGGCUUUUUUAAAGUGCAGAACGCAGACGUUCUUGGAUUUAAGUUUUAUGAUGUUCACUGGGAAGUAGAAGAUCUGAACGAAAAAGAAAAAACCUCUUUCAAGGAACUUGGAUCCAAGCGUGCCAAAUGGCUGAUGGAAACUUUGCCGAGUCUUCAGCGAGAUGAUUACACCGUGAAUUGUCCCAGAUGCCAGCAAGAUUCACCGGUCAAGAAGUUCACUGGCAAUUUGUCAGGUGCUAAGUGUCCCAAAUGUAACAAGGAAUUCAAUCUGAAAAAUGUCCCCAAAGGAAACAUUUUGGCUCUCAACAUUUAUCUCACUGCUUCAAGCACAUAAAUUCUCCUCGUUAUCCUUUUUACUCUGAUAGAGAAAUGUUUAGCCUUCCUUUUUAUUAUAGGGAAGAUAUCACAACCUCCAUAACAGGAUAACCUGAACAAAGGCACCGAAUGAAAACGAUUUAAUAUCAGUUUCAGUUAAUUUAUAAGUGGUAUUCUGCUUACUCAAACUAGUUGACAGGUAUGAUUACAGUAAUCGUCAUUUUGGCAUAAACAACCGACCCUAGCGGUCCUAAAAAGAAAAAUCUUCAAAGAUUUAGAUCAAGUUUAGUUUUGCAGAGAGAAAUAACCAAGGACGGUUUACAAAAAGCAAGGAAAUUUCCCUACUUUUCAUAGGCAAAACAACUUAUCCAUGCAGAAAAAAAAACAAAAAAAAC